AUGAGCUUUUACUCCAAUUUACCGAUAUCCCCCAAUGAAGGUGACAACAAGUCAUCUUUGUACCCGACAAUUUUUGAGAUCUUGUCAGCACAGGAGAUUGAUUCAUUGUUGCCGGCAUCAAUAAGAUAUAUUCUGACAAAUUACUGGGUGGCGAGAUACCCCUCGAGACUUACGCUAGCUUUGAACAACUACUUUCCUGAAUGGUUUGGAGUGGCAUUGAAAGGAUUGGUGGAGUGGCAUCAUAUUAAUCGAUACGAUUCAACGUUUAUCGAAAAAUUCUAUGGGCUACAGAUGUUCAAUAGCACCAAUAAGGUGUUGAUGAAAGCGCAGAUGCACUCUAUGGAGAAUGAAAACGCAAGCAUGAAGCACUGGCCAAAGGGGCUCUGUUUAAAGCAACGCCAAAAACAUAUUCUUUUUUUGGAGAGAAUUAUUCUUCCCUAUCUAGGUCAGAAAUUGGACGAUUUGAGCGCGACACUAGCUGCACAAUCUGCCUUCAAUAAUUCCAAUAAUGUUUUUAACUUAAAAAGCUGGCUUGUUGAAACUGUCUACCCACUUUGGAAGAAGAUAUGGUAUUUCACGAAUCUGGUAACAAGAUUGGCAUUUCUGAGCGGCAGCAUAGGAUCUAUUACUUUCCUUGACUACCUAUUUAAUAUUGAAUAUACAAGAAUUAUGCUUCCUUUAAAGCCAUCGGAUUCAGCCAAUAGUAGGAGGCUUAAGGCAAGCGCUAGCCGCCCCCAAAAGACCAAUUUAUACGCGUUAUGGAGUCGAUGUUCUGUAUCAUUGAGCAAACUUAACGAAUUAUUAUCUUAUUCUGGAUCACAACUACUACCAGCGUUCAUAUUGAUGUUGAGAGUGUAUCAAUGGUGGACCACGCAAGAUAUAAGUGCAAAAUUGGAAAGAAAACUGAAUAACGUUGAUAAGGAUAUACCAAGGUCUUACAUUGGCUCCGAAGAAAGCGUCAGGUCGACAGGUAUUUGUCCCAUCUGCAAAAACGAGAUUCAAAAUCCAUGUAUCUUAGAAACAGGAUACGCUGCAUGCUAUCCCUGCGCCAUUGAUUUUCUUCCUAAAAAUGAAGGCAAUUGCCCUGUAACAGGCAAAAGAUUACUAGGGUGUCAGUACGAUAAAGAUCUUGGCAAGUGGAAAGUGAUCACUGGCGUUCGAAGGUUGUUAGUGUAA